AUGUCUUCCAAUGGAUUAUACUCCUAUGUUCGCCCUACUACAUUGCACAUGAUCCAAGGAACGAUCAAUGUUGCAGAAGGUGUUUCAUUGUUUUUUAACCCAGGUUUAGCCAUCCAAUCUCCAAUCUCGGCUCAGCUCGGACAGGUUCAGACUGCGUAUAGGCUAUUGGGGAUUCCUAUGAUCGCUCUCGGUCAUUAUCAUAUUGUUGCCAGUAUGAAUGAUGACGAGAAAUUUAUGAAGAAUACAGUGUUAAACCGAUUACUUAUGUGCGGCCUGACUGGAUUGUACAAGUACUUGGGCAAUGACGUCCCAAAUGUUAUAUUAUAUGCGACUAUGGUCGACGCCGUUUUCGCCCUUGGUUCAUAUGCUGUGGCAGAUCAGGCGGCUAGACCGAGGCAUCCGCGCAACGAUUAA